AUGGAAAAAGAGCAUAGAGUAAACUGGAAGUGCACUGCAUGCUAUCGUAAAACAACAAAAUCUAUCUCAAAAAGUAUACCUACGUCCGCACAGACAGAACAGUCUUUUACGAGGAACAAUGAAGAUGCAUCUGCGUCAGAUUUAUCUGAUCAAGAAAACUCAAAUAUUACAAUGCGUACAAAAAAUUCCCAGCAGUCUAGUGAUAAAAAUAAUUAUGUGACUGAGAGUAAAAUAAGAGAAAUUAUAAAAGAGGAGAUGACUGGUUCUCUACAGAUCAUAAUUCAACAAAAUAUUUCAGAACAAUUCAAAAAAAUAAGUGACCAGCUCAGUCACGAUAUGAAUAAAUUUGUAAUGGUCUUAGAAGGCAUUCAGACUCGUAUUACCAGCGUCGAAGACAGAGUACACGUUAUUGAGAAACGUCUUGAUACACAAAAAGACCUCACAGAUACUGUUGCACGCUUGCAGGCGGAGUUAAACGAUAGAGAUCAAGAGCUUUUACAUAAUGAUGUGGAAAUAAAUGGACUGCCUGAAGAAAAAAAUGAAAGACCUAUACAUUUGGUAGCUUUGGUAUCUAAAAAACUUGGAUUGGAGGUUAAUGAAAACGAUAUUGUAAAUGCGGAGAGAGUUGGUACACGACAAGAAAAUAAGAAUGAAGUGGAUCCAUAUGGAGAUGAAAAACUGAAACGACCGCGCACACUCGUCGUGAGAUUACUUCGCCGUUCUCUUCGUGAUGAACUAUUACGUGCAGCACGCGUGCGCCGUGGACUCGAUUGCAGUGGACUCAAUCUACAGACUGACUCAAACCGUUUGUAUAUAAACGAAAGACUUACACGGGAUAAUAAACAACUAUUUUACAAAGUCAGAGAGGCUUGUCGUAUUUUUAAAUGGCGGUUUUCUUGGACAAGGCAUGGAAAAAUUUUUACCCGUCGAGAGCCUGGUGAAUCAGUACACAGAAUCCGAUCUAUUGCAGAGAUUAACAAGGUUUUUGGUGAAUAUCCCGUUGGACCAAAAUAA